UCAUUAUAACUCUCCCUUUGAAAGGCUUCCUUCAAGGCUCGCCAAGAAACCUCUCAAGGUGGAAGACAUCAUGAGGCUGCUGUGCCGCAUCGCAGAGGAGAGGGAAAAGGGGAGCUUGAAGCCAGCUGUGGGUGGAAUGAUCGGUCAUAUGGUUGGAGGUCCACAUGGAGCUACUCUUGGGGAGGCUAUUGGGACUCUCUUAGGUACAUGGAUGAUAAGUGGAGAGUUCAAGCCGAUUUCUCAGACCAUAAUGGAGCUGCCGCCUGAUAAGAAGCAAAAGCUCUAUAAUGAAGCCAUGACCAUCCUCAAGGACCUGGAGUGGAGGGACACUGAACACCUGACCACAUUGGUCAUGGGCAGUGAGGACCUGAAGAUGCAGCUGCUGGCCAUGCUGGAAAAGUGCCUCAAAGGCUGAAGUCCAGUAUAUUGAUUUCAAAACUAUUUCUAGAAAGCAGGGGUCUCAUUUAGAUGAUUCUCCACAGGGUGGUGGGCCAUUAAGAUGGUUUUCCUAACUCAUAGAGGUGAUUGGGAGUGGGGGAAGCUUCACCCAUUCAUUGCUCAUGGGUUGGGUCCAACUCCCCCAGACCUGGGAACAUGGGGUCCUAGUCAGUGGUCCUGCCCUGAUGGCCACUGAAGUCCUUCCCUUGGCCGGUCUGCCUUCAUUCCUGGGGAAAACCCUGACCCAACUUCUGGGCAGUUUUGGGUCAGAUGGAGCAGAUCUUGCUGAGUGAAGUCAGUGUGGACUAGCUGGGUUCUGGGGUGACUGUAAUGGGCGCUGGGCCUGAGAGGACAGGCUGGACCUCAAGUCCGGUCUCCCCCAGGAGGUGAAAACCCUUUCCUGGCUUUCCCCUCAGGCUCUCCUCUUGGCUCUCGUGGCUUUAUUAUUCUUACUUCUGUCUUACAUUGUCUGUGAAGAACUUAAAAAAAGAGAAAUGGACUAAGA